AGAAUGCCUUCUGUCCUUGACUGAAAAACAAAUAGAUGGGUUGAAUUUGUCUAUCAGCCAUAGCAUCAAAUUGCAAAAACUGGUAAAGAAUCUGGUGGUUGAAAGUGCAUCUGCUUUCUUGAGGAAAAGUGUCAAACAUUCUGGAUUAUGUGCAAACGACAGCGUAAUGGAUUUUGAAGAAAGAAACGAUGAUCUGAUUAGCGCAAUUGAAAAACUUACUGAAGUAGCGGCAGAUCCUCUGAGCAACUCUGAAGAAAAGUUUCCAGUCAUUUCGAUCUUGAAGGAGUCAUCUGAUGGAAGACAAAUAGUAAAAUCAUUUAUGGAUCGUAACGAAGCGUAUUUGGAAAUAGAAGAAAGAAAAACUUUAGUCCGAAUACUGGUGAGCCAUAUGUGCAUGCUGUCUGGGAAAGAAGAUUUUUAUCCACCGAGAAGCCUAAAAGAAAAACUUGCAAAGGCAAUCGUUACAGCUUUUCCAUGUUUGGCCGUCCCCUGUCACGAGGGCUCUAGCUUUACCAACUAUACCCACUAUUACAAUCCAAAACUGACCAACGGAUUCAUCGAUACCCGCUUGAAGACUAUGCGGACAAAGUCUGAGGUCUCAAGGGAAAAAAAAAACUAAAUAUAAAUUGUAGUGGGCCGG